UAUAUUUCAUGCAGUUUGAGCCCUCAUGGUGAUGCCAGCAUAUCCGAGCACUUAGCCAGCUCCAUUAGUCGUAUUUUGUGUUCCAUUAGUCAGUAAAUGUGUCACACCUGCAGAGAGGGGAUUAUAAUCCUGACAGCAGUCUUCUACAACAUCUAUAAAAAUCCCCUUCUGGCUAAUGCACCACAUGCAAACAAGGCAAAUACAGAGCUCUAAUGGAAGCAAGCAGCAGAGUGAUGAUGCAGGUGUUGGUGUUGGCGUUGGUGUUCCAGGUCACCCUGUCUCAGCACUGGUCCUAUGGAUGGUUACCAGGUGGAAAAAGAAGUGUGGGGGAGUUGGAGGCAACUAUCAGGAUGAUGGGUACAGGAGGAGUGGUGUCUCUUCCCGAAGAGGCAAGUGCCCAGACCCAAGAGAGACUGAGACCAUACAAUGUAAUCAAUGAUGAUUACAGUCAUUCUGACCGAAAGAGAAGGUUCCCUGAUAAUUGAAGAGCUACAAAAAAGAAAGAGAAAAAAAAACACGGACUGUAUUUGCGUCUUCAUCAACAACAGUGAUUGGUCGUCUGGGUGCAGGAGACUGACUUCAACAAAUCAUCACAUUUAUUUCCCCGAUCAAUUCCAUGUACUGUAUGUCUGUAACAUUUAAAUCCAG